GCGCUCACGCGUGGGAGUCGGGCCUGUGAGGCACCGACCCGGAACACCCCCAGUGUUGAAAUUCCCCAGCCGGGAGGGAAACUCGCCGGCCCUCCCUGCCCUCUCUCUAGAGGCCUCGCACCUCUCCAGGCUGAUCUCCCCACAGUCCCCGUCCCAGCCCACCCGGCGCCACCUCCGGCGGCCGCGAGCGUUCCACGUAGCGCGGUGCGCCGGGCGUGGGACGCGUGACCUGAAAGCGCACGCUUUUUCUCAUCUGUGCAGUGGGUUUUAAUUCCCAUCAUGGCCAUCACUCAGUUUCGGCUAUUUAAAGUUUGUACCUGCUUAGCAACGGUAUUCUCAUUCCUAAAGAGAUUAAUAUGCAGAUCUGGCAGAGGAAGGAAAUUAAGUGGAGACCAAAUAACUUUGCCAACUACAGUUGAUUAUUCAUCAGUUCCUAAGCAGACAGAUGUGGAAGAGUGGACUUCCUGGGAUGAAGAUGCACCCACAAGUGUAAAGAUUGAAGGAGGGAAUGGGAAUGUGGCAACACAACAAAAUGCUUUGGAACAAAUGGAACCUGACUAUUUUAAGGACAUGACACCAACUAUAAGGAAAACUCAGAAAAUCAUUAUUAAAAAGAGAGAACCAUUAAAUUUUGGCGUCCCAGAUGGUAGCACAGGUUUCUCCAGUAGAUUAGCAGCUACACAAGAUAUGCCUUUUAUUCACCAAUCUUCUGAAUUAGGUGACUUAGAUACCUGGCAAGAAAAUACCAAUGCAUGGGAAGAAGAAGAAGAUGCAGCCUGGCAAGCAGAAGAAGUUCUGAGGCAGCAGAAAAUAGCAGAUAGAGAAAAGAGAGCAGCAGAACAACAGAGGAAGAAAAUGGAAAAGGAAGCACAGAGGCUAAUGAAGAAAGAACAAAAUAAAAUUGGUGUGAAACUUUCAUAACAAAUGUUCUUCAAAUGUCAUAGUGCCAGUAGGAGAAAUCUGAGCUCCACCACCCACACAUCAUUUACAUGGAUUUAAGAGUAUUUUCAGAAUACCAACACACUGCUUAAUUUCAGUGCAUUCAUCAGGCCAUCCAGGACACCAGAAUUCUCCCAAAGUACCUUGAACUCUUAGUGAUUAAGACUCAAAAGAACAAAAAGAACUUAUGAGACAAUAUUUUUUUCAACAUGCUCCAAAUAUGACAGUUGUUUGCUGUAAAGAAAUUAUUAUGAAUGGAAUAUACCAGUACCUCUCAAGCUAGUGUUUCUAGCUAAAUGGUUGUAAAUAAUUUUAUGAUGGAAAAGAACUCUGCUAUCUAUUAUGCUUUCCUUCAAUGUGCAUAAUUAUAAAAUAAAUAAUUUUAAUAUUC